GAAAGCGGCAGAGAGGAUAGUGCCUGCUGAUGAUGCUAAUUUUAGGGUGGAGAAUGAGAAGUUGGGGGCUUCAGAGUUGAAACUGGAGAGUGGGCUUAAAGUUGGAUUCUCGCUUGGAGGAACCAGUAAGCAGGUGAUGGAAAAGAGAAGGGUGAGAAUUCAAAAUUGAUUUUCGAGGAAGAGGAGGAGAAUGAGAGGAAGGCGAGAGGGGAGAAGAGGAAAGCUGGUGGAAAUGUGGGAAAGAAUGAGAAGGAGAAGAAAUCAGUGUCGGCAUUGGAGGAGUUGAUGAAGGAGGAAGAGAAGGCUAAGGAGAAGAAUAAUAGGAAGGACUACUGGUUAUUUGAAGGUAUAAUCGUCAAGGUCAUGAGUAAGGCUUUUGCUGAGAAAGGAUACUACAAGCAGAAGGGUGUUGUGAAGAAAGUGAUUGAUAAAUAUGUUGGGGAGAUUGAAAUGCUCGAUAGCAAGCACAUUUUGAGAGUUGAUCAAGAGGAGCUCGAGACUGUGAUUCCACAAAUUGGAGGGCUUGUCAAGAUAGUGAAUGGGGCUUAUCGUGGGUCGACUGCUAAAUUGUUGGAUGUGGAUAUGGAUAGAUUUUGCGCAAAAGUGCAGAUCGAGAAAGGUGUGUAUGACGGAAGAGUGCUUAAGGCCAUCGAAUAUGAGGAUAUAUGCAAAGUUGCCCAAUGAAUUUUGUGGAGGGCUUGAUAAAUUGCUUUUCUUUAUGAGGUUGCUGCACGGUUUUUGAGUUCUAUCCCUGAUUUAAAAUGGAUGUUUGGAGAAAUCUCAAGGUGGAAAGAAACCAAGUUUGCACCUCAUUAGCUUCCCACAUAUAGUCAAGCUUGUAACUACAUGUGGGUUUAAAGUUACUGUCAUUACAUUUUGUAUUAAAAUGUGGAAGUGUCAUGUUAUUCUGAACUAUUGAUCGUCUUCUAUUUGACUGCAAAGAAGACGAAGCAGCUGGACCUGACCUUGUAUGGAUUCAGCUUUGUAUAUAUGCUCCUAGCAGCUUAUAAGAUAUUGGAAAGGGAGA